UUACUGUAGUUAUUAAUGUCAACUACUGUACUGUAGUACAGCCAAAACCAAAAGUAUGUUUGGAUAUACAGUGGGUUAGACGGUAUGAAUGGGGCGCCCGUAGCCCUAAACAGCCGAUUCAGGCAAUGUCGCUACCCGUAGGCCAUGCAUUCAUUUAUCAUACAUCGGAACCGUUAAACUGCUUGAAUGGGAGCUCAUGUAUAUCAGUAGUCAAAUGGGCACAGAAUCUACAUAUGGAUCGGAACGGUUGGGACGACAUUGGAUACAAUGGACUGGUAGGUGGCGACGGACGGGUAUAUAUUGGUCGCAGUUGGCAUACAGUUAACUCUCGGGCAAGAGGUAUGUUUGAUCUGUCCGUAAAUUUGGCAUUUAUUGGUAACUAUGAUCAGGGUAGGCCUACCCUUGAGCAGUUAGAUGUGGCCAAACAAUGGCUACAGUGUGCCCGGGAAAUGGGUGCCCUCCGGAGGGACUAUCAAUUACAUGGCCAUAGAGAUAUACAGUGUAACACUACUAGUCCCGGUCAACAUUUAUAUGAUUUGAUUAGACAGUGGCCUAAUUUUCAGGGUGGACCAUUACCGGCUUAUGUAUGCAAUACUACUACUAGUGCUAUUAAUCUCAGGCACAAUCAACUGGCCUAUCGUACACCACUACCACCUAAACAGGCCUACGAUUACAUAGUAGUAGGCGCUGGUAGUGCCGGUUCAAUCCUAGCCUGUCGUCUAUCCCAAUGGGGCCUAAAUGUUAUACUACUUGAAGAGGGCGGUCCAGUAGAUGCAGUGUUUGAUGACAUACCUGGCCUAACACUUGAUCGACUAGCAACUGCACCGUCCUAUCGAUACUAUAGUAUGCAACGGCAACAAUUGACUGGACAUUCCUAUCGAAACAAUGGUCGACAAACAUUAUUAAUGGGUCGUGUAUUAGGUGGCGGAUCCACUGUUAACGGCUUGCUUUAUAAUAGAGGUAAUCGCAAAUUUUACGACACUAUAGCCUCAAAAUACGGUGCCAUUGGUUGGGAUUACGCGAGUGUUUUGCCAGUAUUCAAGCAAAUGGAAAACAAUACCGACCCCCGGGUUAGCGAUCAGUAUCACGGCCGACAGGGACCGGUAGGUGUAUCCACACCGGGUGAACCGUAUCCAAUAUAUUUGAUACAAGCCCAGGUGGCCGGCCGUGAAUGGGGACUGGACUUAACAGAUAUUAAUGGUGCAAAUCAAACUGGGUUUACAAUUGCACAGUCGACUAUUGUCGGCAAUGGAUUACGAUCGUCGACUAGCAACGCCUAUUUGGAAAAUAGUAGUCUAUGUCCCCAGUUGACUAUUGUUACCGGUGCCAGGGUAUCCAAAGUGAUAAUCAAACAUACAAAUACACUAAACAAUGGAGAUAUCCAUCCACGGGCACAGGGAGUACAAUAUCAUAAAUAUAAUCGUACCUAUAAUUUAUGGGCAAACAGGGAGGUAAUUAUAUCGGCAGGUCCUAUAGCCAGUCCACAGCUACUGAUGCUGUCGGGCGUCGGACCGGCCGAUCAUCUCAAUAGCAUCCCAGGUAUCGGUGAAGUAUAUGCCGAUCUGCCAGGUGUUGGCUCAAAUCUAUGCGAUCAUUUAGGGGUAACCAUUGAUCUACCUGUACGACCUCAACAACAAUCAUCCACCAGCAGCACUGGUAGCUUAGUUGGCCAAUCAUCACCAAAACUAUAUAACCUAACUCAGCUGAUCCAGGUUAACCUUGAGGGUCAGGGUCCAAUGUCACAAUUGUCAAAUACAAUUAUGUAUAUGUCUAGCCAGGUUAACCCUGAUAAAUCAUAUCCCGAUUUGUUUAUCAUGUUUACGGCCAAACAAUCGGGUAGUUUACCCGAAAUUAAUUUAUAUAAACCGAUUAACCAAUCGACCCAACCAUUACUGAACCGGCAGUUUGACCAAUACAUCCAUGAAAUCUCAUCAACCGAUUAUCUACGAUUAGCUGCCGAACUGAUUAGACCCGACAGUUGCCGGGGAACGGUACGUUUGAUGACCAGUAGUAUCGAUGAUCAACCCGUUAUUGACCCAAACUAUUUGCCUACCGAUACCACCGAUAGGCAACGUUUACGUGAGGCCAUACGGGAAUCAUUCCGUUUUGCCGAAACUACUAGUUUCCGCCAGUAUGUACGUACACCUAGCGUACCGAUGCCACCGUGUAGAUAUUGUUCCCCAGGUAGUGGUAGUCCUAUCUACCAGUGCCCGAGUUAUUUGGAUUGUCUGAUUGACAGCUGGGCCGGUACCGAAAUACAUAUGGUCGGCACGUGUCGUAUGGGUGACCCCCAGCGUAGGGAUACUGUAGUCGAUCCCCGAUUGCGUGUCAAAGGUAUCCAAGGGUUGCGUGUAGUCGACUCAUCCGUCUAUCCGGAGGCAAUCAAUGGCAAUACUAAUGCCGGGGCGAUGUUGGCCGGCGAGAUGGGCGCCCGAUUCAUACGUGAAGAUUGGUGGGCGGGGGAGGGACUACAGCACAACCAGGUGGCCAAUCGUACACCACUGCCACCGAAACACCGAUACGAUUAUAUAGUAGUCGGCGGCGGAACUGCCGGUGCUAUUGUCGCCUGUCGUCUAUCUGAAUGGGGUUCGGAUGUCCUAUUGCUUGAAGAGGGUGGUCCUGUCGAUGCCCUAUUAGAUGAUAUACAUAGUAUCAGUACAGAUAAAACACGACAGGCCUAUCGUUUCUAUAAUAUAAGUCGACAGCAAUCAACUGGUCAUUCCUAUCUAAAUAUGGGUCAACAAGUGCUGAUCGGGGCUAAGGUUUUAGGUGGCGGAUCCACUAUCAAUGGUCUGGUUUAUAAUAGAGGUAAUCGUAAAUACUAUGAUAUGAUUGCCUCAAAAUACGGUGCCAUUGGUUGGGAUUACGCGAGUGUUUUGCCAGUAUUUAAACUAAUGGAAAACAAUACCGACCCCCGGGUUAUGGAUGAAUAUCACGGCCGUCAGGGACCGGUAGGUAUAUCGACACCGGGUGAACCGUAUCCUAUAUAUUUGAAACAAGCCGAGGCUGCUGCCCGUGAAUGGGGACUCGACUAUACGGAUAUUAAUGGUGCAAAUCAAACAGGGUUUACAAUUGCACAGUUGACUAUUGGGGCCCGGGGUUUGAGAUCAUCGACUAAUAAUGCCUAUUUGGAAAGUGGUCUAUGUCCCCAGUUGACUAUUGUUACCCGGGCACAGGUAUCCAAAGUAAUAAUCAAACGUAACAACAACAAUGAUACUGCCCGUCCUCUCCGGGCACAGGGAGUCGAGUUUCGGAAAAAUAAUCGUACAUAUAGUGUAUUAGCAAACAGGGAGGUAAUACUAUCGGCAGGUCCAAUAGCCAGUCCACAGCUACUGAUGCUGUCUGGUAUAGGACCGGCCAAUCAUCUCAAUGGCAUCCAAGGUAUCGGUGAAGUCUAUGUCGACCUACCGGGUGUUGGCUCGAAUCUAUGCGAUACCGUCGGUGUACCACUAGAUCUGCUAAUACGUCAGCCAUAUCGGGGCCGGCUGAUUGGCCAGUCAGCAUCGGCUAGCCUCGAUAACCUGACUCAGCUGAUCCAGGUUACUCUCGAAGGUAGGGGUCCAAUGUCCGAAGUGGUCAAUUCGGUAAUGUAUUGGUCAACCAGUGGUAACCGGGAUAAAUCAUAUCCAGAUUUGUUGGUCAAAUCUAAUGCCCGACUAUCGGGUGCGUUACCAUUGAUUAGUUCAUAUGCACCGACAUCUAAUACAACAGCUAACAGUGCACUACUGCACCGGCAGUUUGAACAGUACACUAGCGAACAUCUAGCCAACGAUAAUCUAGUAUGGUCAAUUGAACUAGCUAGACCAGAUAGUUGUCAAGGUCAGGUACGUUUGCGGACCAGUAGUAUCGAUGAUCAACCCGAGAUUGAUCCGAACUAUUUGCCUACCGGUACCAGUGAUCGACGACGUCUACGUGAGGCCGUCCGGGAAACUAUACGUUUUGCCGAAACUACUAGUUUUCGGCAGUACGUACGUCUACCUAGUAUACCGAUGCCACCGUGUAGAUACUGUUCCCCAGGUAGUGCUGGUGGUGAGGGUAGUCCUGUAUACAAGUGCCAGAGUUAUAUGGAUUGUCUGAUUGACAACUGGGCCGGUACUGUCAUACAUAUGGUCGGCGGCUGUCGUAUGGGUGACCCCCAGCGUAGGGAUACUGUAGUCGACCCGCGAUUGCGUGUCAAAGGUAUCCAAGGGUUACGUGUUUGCGAUUCAUCCGUCUAUCCCGAAGUAAUCAAUGCCAAUACUAUGGCCGCGGCGAUGUUGGCCGGCGAGAUGGGCGCCCGAUUCAUACGCGAAGAUUACGGGAAUUAA